CCGAGUGAUUAAGGUACAACAGCGUCUCAUAAUUACUCACGCCUGUCUACUUGCUCUCCAACUUCCUCCUCUUUUUUCACACCAAAACACCGACUGUGGCUCCUCUUCUCCCACCACUGCCACUACCCCUUCUCCCCCCACCUCUUUUUCAACCUCCGCAGACCUUCACACCAACCACGGCAAUAUAUUAUCAACCAUCCAGAAAAUAAUCUACUCUCAACCACGCCUCAGGCCUCCUCCAGCUUACCACCAAACAACAACAACAACAAUUAAAUCUCCAAAAUAUCGAGAUACCUGCUACGAUGCCACCCAAAUCUUCCAAAGCUUCCAAAGCCGCAUUUCGAUUGACGGAUGGCGAGUACAAGCUCUUGUGCGGCGUCAUUGUCAACGGAGAGGCGAUUCAGUACGAUUUGCCCAGUGUAACCAAGUAUAUGGGCUCAAUCAGUGAAGAAAGCACCAAGAGUCGCGUUACUGCGCUUUCGAGGAAGAUUAGGCGCGAUGCCUACGAUAUCGCCGACGAAAUGGAGGCGAAGGCCAAUGAGGCCAUUCGGAAUGCUGCUGCGGCUCCAGCCCCGGUUUCGAACGUUAACCCGCGAAAGCGUGCCCGGGAAGAUAGCGAGUAUGGUAACGACAACCGCAACGUCAAUAACCGCCACAACCCCGGUUUCUUGUCGUCUUCUUUGUCUGCCCGAAUUCCCGGGCUCCCCCUGGCGCAGCAACAACUCCAGACACAGCAACAGUCCCAGCAGCCUCACCGGUCCCAGCAGCAGCACCAGAAGCUCCAUCAGAUCCCGGUUACCUCCCGCACUCCUUCUGCUAUUGACACCCGCGGCCUUCGGGAGUUUUCGGUACCGGCCCAAAACCAGAAGUAUGAGACCCCCCCGCCGGCCUAUACUCGCUUUGCCACUGCCGGCACUGGGGACAUGGGCAUGGGGUACCUCUCCGUGGCGCAAAUGUUUGGGGCAGAGGGGCCCGGCAGCGGGUUCGGGUACGGCUUGGACGGCGAUGGCUUUCCACUUGGCAUCAAUCAGGUUGACAACGGAUUGACCUUUGGUGUUCCUGCCGGCCCAGCGCCCUUGGCCUACCCAGGCGACGCCAGGAACGGUUUUGGGUUGCCCAACAACAACAGCAUUAGCAGCAUCAGCAUCAGCAACCACCCGAACUACGGCUACUUGGGCAAUAAGAAAGGUGUGAACGGCGGUGCCAUGGGCUUUGCCGUCCCUAACGGCCUGGACUACAACCUUUCUGUGGACAGCGCGACCUUCUACGACAACAACCUGCGUUUGGGGGAUGCAUUGCUGGGUACCAUGGACAACGACUUAUACGGCAUGCAAAACAACUUUUUCCACCCUCCGGUCAACCACCUAACCGGCAGUAACUCCAACGGUAUUCCGCAGAAUGGUCCUAUCGCCACGGUUACCGCUCCAGUCCAGCCUGUCUUUCAGCCCGUCUUCCAGCCCGCCCAGAACGUCCAGGCACUCAACCUCCAGAAUGUCAACUUGGACUUUGACUUUCUCGGCGAAAAUGGGAACCUAAACGGAAACACAGCAGCAGCCGCCCAGCCAAAUGGCGUGCAACCGGAAGGGGCCUUGCCUAUCCUCGAGAAAUUACCUGUGCCCGUACCUGCCGCUGAACCCACGCCCGCACGCCUACCCACGCCUGCACCUACACCCGCAACUGCAGAAGAUAACACGGUCAUGCUCCAGCAGCAGCAGCAGCAGCAGCAGCAGCAGCAGCAGCAGCUACAACAGGAGCUUCAGCCGCAGGAGCUUCAGCAGCAGGAGCUUCAGCAGGAACAGGAGCAGCAACCGCUCCAAGGGGAAAUUGAUUCUUGGGAUGUCCCGUUCCUCCAGGAGCAGGAGCAACUGCCACAAGAAGGGUUCGAUUCUGUGGAAGAACAGCUCUUGUCUAUGAUGACUGCCGAGGGCUAUGGUCCCGGUCUCCCGGAUCUAUAGUGUCGGGGAGUCUGGGACUGGACCCUUCCUCGGCUUCGCUCAUGCAGUGGCAGGAGUUGGCAAGGAGGAUAAUGAUGGGUUGUGCUCCUAUCGGUACUUCUCAGGUUUCG